GAGAGGAUACGUUAUGUCCGAAGACUCUUCGCUUUCACCAGAGGUUUUAGAAAUGAGGCUUCUGCAGAGCAAUCUGCCAGGCGGUGCUUCUAUCUUCCGGCCUUACCACCCCUUCCCCGCCCCCCUCCCUGGGUCCCGGUUCCCACCGAACACCCCUACCCGCACGUCGCCACGCCUUUGCUCAGGCCGGGCCUCUGCUGAGGACCGGGAACGCCCAUUCACCCUCCCGGAACAGUCGCUACACAUCCGAGCCUCACACUGCUUUCGAAGCACCAAAUCCGAAUACCCGGCCUCGGAAAUAUCACGGGGACUUCCCGGACCCUAAAACACAUAUCUCUUCAGGCUGGAAUGGGAGCCUCAAGAAGCAGUGUGAGGCCCUGGCCAUUUUCCUGGCCGGCGACAGAGUUCCUGGCGCAGACCGAAUGACGCCAUUUUUGUUACUGGUAGAGCUCGGGCUUGGAGGCUGUUGCUGAGCCUGCGAAAGAUAAGCUAAUGCGUCAUCCAGACCCACCAAGGAGGGCUGGAGGGGAAAGGGAAUUUUGGGCGAUGUUGAGCCCGUUUGUGCAAGCAGGGAGCCAAGCUCGUCUUGAGAAGGAGCUUUGGGGUCCUGAGAGCAGAGCCAGGAUCCUCUUUUGUGAGUCACCUGUUCAGAUCUUUUGCUCAGUUUUCUACUGGAUGUCUGCCUUUUCCUUAUUGAUUUGUAGGACUUGUUUUUAUAUAUUCUGAUAACUACUCCUUUAUCAGUGGUAUGUGUUUUGCAAAUAUUUCUUGGAUUCUUGGCUUCUCUUUUCCUCGUUGUGGCAUUAAGAUUUUUAGUUAACUUUGAACUGUAAAGCACAAUGUAAAUUUAGAGUUUUGUUAUUCUCAAGUUAAAAAUCAGACAAUGUCCUCUGUAAUUUAGGGCGAGAAUUAACUUUUUAGGGCAUUCAGGAAUAGAGAGUUGCAUCUCUGAAAACUUUGGUGCCAUGACAGCUAGGGAGGAGUUCUCUGCUUUUUGUUUUCUCACCAGCUCACCCUCUAGUCACUGGCUGUGUGAUCAUGGAUAAGUGACUACACCUCUUUAGGCCUCAGUUUCCUCACUGUGAAAUGAGGAUAAUAGCAGGGUCUAUCCUUUGAGGCUUGGGAUGAUAAUUAAGUGAGUUAAUACCUGAUUAUUAUCUAUUCACCAUGGUUUUGUAGCACUGACCUUGUAUGGAUCAUCCAUGAACUCAAGGAACCAGUGACAUAUGAGGAUGUGGCUGUGGACUUCACCCAGGAAGAGUGGCAGCACCUGGACCCUGCUCAGAAGACCCUACACAGAGAUGUGAUGCUGGAGAUCUACAGCCACCUGGUGUCUGUGGGGUGUUCAGGUAUAAAACCAGGUGUAAUCUUCAAGUUGGAACAUGAAGAGGACCCAUGGAUCAUAAAGACUGAGUUGUCAAGGUGGAUCCACUCAGACAGAGAGAAAAGCCUUGACUCUUCCCAGCAGAUCAUUUCUGAAGAGCUUUCAUUUCAAAAGGAGAUACUGGAAAAAACCCCAAAGGAUAAUUCAUUGUAUCCUCUCUUAAAAGUCUGGCAUACUGAUGGUCAGAUAGAUAGGUAUCAAGGAAACCAAGACAGAGUUUUGAAGCAGGUCACAGUCACUAGCCAUGAAACAUUGGCCAAAGAGAAAGGUCCCAAAUGUAAUACAUUUGGAAAAAUACUUGGUGUGUGCAUAGACCUUGAUCCUUCGAGUAAAAAACUCUGUGAUUUUGAUUCAUGUGAAAAGAGCUUGAAAUCUAAUUUAAACUCACUGACAUGCAACAGGAGCCAUGCAAGGAAGAACCUCAUUGAGAGAUUUGGAUGUGGGACACCACCUAGCUAUAAUGAUUCCUGUUCUGUGCCUGAGGAAAUUUACACUGGCAUGAAACCCUGUGGACAUAGUCGAUGUGAAAAAGGUCUCAAUCAUAAACAAGUCCAUAUUCAGUAUAAGAAAAAUCAAGCUGGUAAGAAACCCAAUGUUUGUAACGAGUGUGGGAAAGGCUUUAUUAAGAAGUCACAGCUUAUUAUACAUCAAAGAAUUCAUACUGGAGAGAAACCGUUUGUAUGUGGCGAUUGUGGAAAAGCCUUCAGUGAAAAAUCACACCUCAUUGUGCAUCAGAGGAUUCAUACUGGGGAGAAACCUUAUGAAUGUACUGAGUGUGGGAGGGCCUUCUCCCAGAAGUCACCCUUCAUCGUUCAUCAGAGAGUCCACACUGGAGAGAAACCCUAUGAAUGUUUUGAGUGUCAAAAAGCCUUCUCUCAGAAGUCACAUCUCAUUAUACAUCAGCGAGUGCAUGCUAGAGAGAAGCCCUUUGAAUGCAGUGAAUGUGGGAAAGCCUUCUGUGAGAAGUCUCACCUUUUUAUACACCAGAUAACUCAUACUGGGGAGAGACCCUAUGAAUGUACUGAAUGUGGGAAAACCUUCCCUCGGAAAACACAACUCAUCAUCCAUCGGAGAACACAUACUGGAGAGAAACCCUAUAAGUGUAGUGAAUGUGGAAAAACCUUUUGCCAGCAGUCCCACCUCAUAGGGCAUCAAAGAAUUCAUACAGGAGAGAAACCUUAUAUAUGUACUGACUGUGGAAAAGCCUUUUCCCAAAAGUCACACCUUACUGGACAUCAAAGACUUCAUACUGGAGAAAAACCUUAUAUAUGUACAGAAUGUGGAAAAGCCUUCUCUCAGAAGUCACCUCUUAUUAUACACCAGAGAAUUCAUACAGGGGAGAAACCCUAUGAGUGUAGUGACUGUGGCAAAACCUUCUCCCAGAAAUCACCCCUCAUUAUUCAUCAGAGAAUUCAUACAGGGGUGAAACCCUAUGAGUGUACUGAGUGUGGUAGGGCCUUUUCCCUGAAGUCACAUCUCAUUAUACAUCAGAGAGCUCAUGCUGGAGAGAAACCAUAUGAAUGUAGUGAAUGUGGAAAGGCCUUCUGUGAGAAGUCUCCAUUAGCUGUACAUCAAAAAAUUCACACUAGGGAGAAACCCUCUGAAUCUGCUGAAUAUGGGAUGGCUUUUUCCCGGAAAUCACAGAUGAUCACAUAUCAGAGAACACACACAGGGGAGAAACCUUCUAAAUGCAGUGACUGUGGGAAGGUAUUCUGCCAGCAUAUAUACCUCACUGGACAUCAGAAUCCACAUAGGAGAGAAACCUCAUAUAUGUACUGAUUGUGGGAAGGUCUUCCCAGAAGUCAGACCUCACUGUGCACGAAAAAACUCACACUGAACAGAAAUUCUAUGGAUGUGUUGGACAUGAAAAAAAUGUGGCACCUCCUUAACUGUAGAAUAGACUCAUAUGUUCCUAAGUAUUUCUUUUUUUCUUUAAAGAUUUUAUUUAUUUAUUUGAGGGGGUGGGGAGGAGGAAAGGGAGAAGGACAAGCAGACUCUGUGCUGAGCUUGGAGCCCAACGUGGGGCUUGAUCUCAGGACCCUGAGAUCAUGACCUGAGCUGAAAUCGACUGAGCCACCCAGCCACCCCAAUUCCUAAGUAUUUCUGAUUACCCUUCCACAGAAUGAUCUGGUCAGGCUCUCAGAAGAUUUUCAACACUGUAAAUAUGGAAUGCAUUUGUUCACAAAGUAUCCCAUCCCCCCUCACAGAAUAAAUGUGUCUGGAACAGUUAGCACUGUUUUGGUGUUAUUUGGUCCUUGAAGGUAUUGUAGAACUCUCCUUGAAUUUAUUUGGGUAUGGUGCAUUAUUUGAAGGCAAUCUUUCUGUAUUUCUUUCAUUAUAUUUUCUCUCUUUAGAUUACAUAUGUAUUUAUGUUGAUAUAUCUAUCAAUAUAUAGGUAUAGAUAUAUGAAUCCCUGUAAU